GAGUCAAGAUAUUGCGUAUAAAUAUAUAUAAAGAGAGAGUCUCUUGAGCGGCCGAGAAUCUUAUGUCAAAAGGACCAAGGAUGAUCUUUUCGGAAAGGAGGAGUAGGAGGAGUCAGACGGAAUAAAUAAAAUACGAGAUAGACAAUGAGACCAGGGAGAGCACGAGCACUUAGACAAUUCACUUUGAGUACAGGAAAGUCUGCUGGUAGGAAUUCCUCAGGGCGUAUUACGGUUUUUCACCGAGGGGGUGGCUCGAAGCGAUUGCUGCGAAAAAUGGAUCUGAAACGAAGCACGAUUUCUAUGGGCAUUUUUUAUUUUUUUUUUUUCAUUGCCCCAAAAGUGUUUCGGUUUCUCUUGAUCAUUCGCCUUUGUUUGGGCCUUCUUGGGGUUCUGGACCCCGCUUUAUUUGUGAUUCCUAAUCUCGACCUGCCCGCCGAUACGGAGGGUAACGAGAUUGCUCUCAAUCCUCAGCCGUCUCUAUGGUCGUUGUACACCGAAAUGGAAAAUGCAGACUCUGUACGAGCGCGAAAUCUGCUGUUGGCGGAGUCUUGGGACCGGGUCGAGAGUUUGGAGCGGGCCCUCGAGAACGAGGGGGAUCCCGGCCGGCGUCUGGAAUUGUUGAAUCGCCAGGAUCGGGCGAUUUCCGAACUAGAACGGCAAAUCCAUCUCGGUCGAAGAGCUGAUUCCAUUCGGGAUCGGCAAAUCGCCGAGUGGAGGGGAAGGUUUAAUGCCGAAUUUGCGAGGGAAGGGGAAGAAGAAGCCCGCCGGACGUUCCUUAAUUGGUGUCUUCGGGUACUCAUCCAUGCUGGACAGGAGCACCAACCCCCCCAAAAGUAAAUCCGUUCUUUCGUUAUCUUCUUUCUUUUCAUAGAUUUAAGUCUGUUUGUGCAUCUUUCUUUCUCCCAUGCUUUCCGUCGGU